AUGCAUUUGAGCGAGAACGAAGGCGUCGAAGGCAACACCUUCGUGGUGACCGGAGGUCUUGGCUUCGUCGGAGCCGCCCUCUGCUUGGAGCUCGUUCGCCGUGGUGCUCGCCAAGUCCGCUCAUUCGACCUCCGCGAUUCCUCUCCUUGGUCCGAUGAGCUCAGAAACAGUGGCGUUCGCUGCAUCCGAGGAGAUGUGACUCGGAAAGAAGAUGUGGAGAAGGCUAUAGAUGGAGCGGACUGUGUUCUGCAUCUCGCUUCCUAUGGAAUGUCAGGGAAAGAGAUGCUCCAGUUCGGGCGCUGCGACGAGGUUAACAUAAACGGGACCUGUAACGUCUUGGAAGCUGUGUUCAAGCACGAGAUCACAAGGCUCGUCUACGUCAGCACCUACAACGUCGUCUUCGGUGGUAAAGAGAUUCGUAACGGCAAUGAAGCUCUGCCUUACUUCCCUCUUGAUGAUCACGUCGACGCCUAUGGUCGAAGCAAAUCCAUCGCUGAACAGUUGGUCCUCAAGAGUAACGGCAAACCAUUCAAGAAUGGUGGGAAGAAGUUGUACACGUGUGCGAUCCGUCCUGCUGCUAUAUACGGACCUGGGGAAGACAGGCAUCUUCCGAGGAUUGUUAACCUAGCGAAGCUUGGUUUGCUGCUGUUCAAAACCGGUGAACCGGGUGUCAAAACCGACUGGAUUUACGUUGAGAAUCUUGUGCUGGCAAUCAUCCUGGCAAGUAUGGGACUCUUGGACGACAUUCCCGGUAGAGAAGGAGUCCCCGUCGCUGCUGGUCAACCAUAUUUUGUCUCUGAUGGUUCACCGGUGAAUACCUUUGAGUUUCUACGUCCUUUACUAAGAAGUUUAGACUAUGAGCUGCCCAAGUUUACGAUAUCUGUACCAUUUGCGUUGACCUUGGGGAAGAUCUUCCAAGGUGUCUACACUGUGUUAUAUCCAUGGCUGUCAAAGAGCUGGUUACCACAGCCACUUAUUCUUCCUGCUGAGGUCUACAAGGUUGGUGUUACUCAUUAUUUCUCGUAUCUCAAAGCUAAGGAAGAGCUUGGGUAUGUUCCAUUCAAGAGCUCCAAGGAGGGUAUGGCUGCAACUAUCUCCUACUGGCAAGAGAGGAAACGGAGAUCUUUAGACGGUCCAACCAUAUUUACUUGGUUAGCUGCUGUGGGAGGAAUGUUAGCUCUUUUUGCAGCUGGGUGGUUACCUGACGUAGGACCUGUGCCUUUCUUUAGAGCCCUAAGCCUCUUCGUCUUCCGGACGAUGACGAUUGUAAAGUUUGUCUUCAUCGUUGCAGCGGUGUUACAUGUUGGAGAAGGAAUCUAUGCUUGGUUUCUGGCUAAACGAGUCGACCCGGGAAAUGCAAUUGGGUGGUUCUGGCAAACCACCGCUCUUGGGUUUUUCUCAUUGCGGUUUCUGUUGAAGAGAGCCAAAGACCACCAAGUUUAA